GUGCCCCUCGCUGCGCAGGGCGCCGGUCUCCCUCGCAUCGCGGGGACGUGCGCCUCCUCCUCCCGCAUCGCACUGCAUGUUAUAACUCACCACUAAAUCAACAACUUGGGAACAGUUCAUAGCAUCAAAAACUUCAUUCGCCUAGGCUGAGGCCAUCUCUCAAGUCUCCAAGCACUGUGAACUGAAACUACGAAACCAUAUGGAGUUUAUAUCACCUUAGUUAAAAGGCAUAUUUUUUUGAUAUUUAACGAGGAACCUUACUGCCAUUAUGACCAACCAGGAGAAGUGGGUUAACCUUAGUCCUGGAGAAUUCUCUCAGCUUCAAAAAUAUGCAGAAUAUUCCACCAAGAAAAUUAAGGAUGUCUUGGAAGAAUUCCAUGGCAGUGGAGUGCUAGCAAAAUAUAAUCCUGAAGGGAAACAAGAUAUACUUAAUCAAACAAUUGAUUUAGAGGGAUUCAGGCUGUUCAUGAAGACUUUUCUGGAAGCAGAGCUACCUGAUGACUUCACUGAACAUCUUUUUACAUCAUUCAGCAACAAAAUCCCUCACUGCAGCCCUUUAAUAAAAAACAAACCUCAGCUCCUUUCCGGAGUUAAGGUGUCUGAAGAGAGAUGGAAACAGAUGCCAGGUCUGAGACUUAACAAAGGUACCACUGCAUCCCGACCUCCUACUCCAGCCAGCUUACCUUUACCAGAGGUGAUCCAGCUGAAAGACAUUGUUUGCUAUUUGUCUCUGCUAGAAAGAGGAAGACCUGAAGAUAAACUAGAAUUUAUGUUUCGCUUAUAUGAUACAGAUGGGAAUGGAUACCUGGAUAGUUCGGAGCUGGAAAAUAUCAUUGCUCAAAUGAUGCAUGUUGCGGAAUACCUUGAAUGGGAUGUUACUGAACUGAGUCCAAUCCUCCAUGAAAUGAUGGAAGAAAUUGACUAUGAUCAUGAUGGUACUGUUUCUCUAGAAGAGUGGAUCCAAGGAGGAAUGACAACAAUCCCGCUCUUAGUGCUUCUUGGGUUAGAGAAUAAUGUGAAAGAUGAUGGGCAGCAUGUAUGGAGACUGAAACAUUUUAACAAGCCUGCCUACUGCAAUCUUUGUUUGAACAUGCUAAUAGGAGUAGGCAAGCAAGGUCUCUGCUGUUCUUUUUGCAAGUAUACAGUCCAUGAACGCUGUGUCUCAAGAGCUCCUGCAUCUUGCAUCAAAACUUACGUGAAGUCUAAAAAGAAUACUGAUGUAAUGCACCAUUUCUGGGUAGAAGGAAAUUGUCCAACAAAAUGUGAUAAGUGUCACAAAACUAUAAAAUGUUACCAAGGCUUGACUGGACUUCACUGUGUUUGGUGUCAGAUCACAUUACAUAAUAAAUGUGCUUCACAUCUAAAACCCGAAUGUGACUGUGGACCUUUGAAGGAUCAUAUUUUACCGCCCACAUCAAUCUGCCCAGUAGUGUUGGAAAGGCAGGCAACAGUGAAAAAAGAGAAGAGCUGCCCCCAGCAAAUGAACAAACUGGGAGAACGGAACAAAAUGCAAAGAGCAAAUUCAGUCACCGUAGAUGGACAAGGUCUUCAGAUCACUCCAGUUCCAGGCACUCAUCCACUUUUAGUUUUUGUCAAUCCUAAAAGUGGUGGGAAACAAGGAGAAAGGAUUUAUAGAAAAUUUCAAUACCUUUUAAAUCCUCGUCAAGUUUACAGUCUUGCUGGAAAUGGGCCAAUGCCAGGGUUAAAUUUUUUCCGCGAUGUUCCUGAAUUCAGAGUACUGGCAUGUGGUGGAGAUGGAACAGUGGGCUGGAUUUUGGAUUGCAUAGAGAAAGCAAACUUGCUUAAGCAUCCUCCAGUUGCUAUCCUGCCUCUUGGGACUGGCAAUGAUUUAGCGAGGUGUCUGAGAUGGGGAGGAGGUUAUGAAGGUGAGAAUUUGAUGAAGAUCUUAAAAGACAUUGAGAACAGCACAGAAAUUUUGCUGGACAGGUGGAAAUUUGAAGUAAUACCCAAUGAUAAAGAUGAGAAAGGAGACCCAGUGCCUUACAACAUCAUCAAUAACUACUUCUCAAUUGGCGUGGAUGCUUCAAUUGCCCACAGAUUCCAUAUCAUGAGAGAAAAACAUCCAGAGAAGUUCAACAGUAGAAUGAAGAACAAAUUUUGGUAUUUUGAAUUUGGCACUUCGGAAACUUUCUCAGCCACCUGUAAGAAGCUGCAUGAAUCUGUAGAAAUAGAAUGUGAUGGAAUUCAGCUAGACUUAAUCAAUAUUUCUCUGGAAGGAAUUGCCAUUCUCAACAUCCCAAGCAUGCAUGGUGGGUCAAAUCUUUGGGGAGAGACAAAGAAAAGACGUAGCCAUCGCCGGACAGAAAAGAAGAGGUCAGAUAAAAGAACCACUGUCACAGAUGCCAAGGAAUUGAAGUUUGUAUGCCAAGAUCUAAGUGACCAACUUAUGGAAGUUGUUGGUCUGGAAGGAGCCAUGGAGAUGGGUCAGAUAUAUACAGGGCUGAAAAGUGCUGGAAGACGGCUUGCCCAGUGCUCAUCUGUUGUUAUCAGGACCAGCAAGUCGCUGCCUAUGCAGAUAGACGGGGAACCUUGGAUGCAGACCCCCUGCACGAUAAAAAUAACCCACAAGAACCAAGCACCCAUGUUGAUGGGACCACCUCCAAAAACUGGUCUUUUCUCUUCUAUCAUCAAAAGAACAAGGAACCACAACAAGGAAUAAGCCUACGUAGUUUAGUUUUUAGAAAACCAAUUAGCUGUAUUGGGCUUUGGAAUAUAUAUGCUGGAAAUCUUUCAAGAAUUUUAGAAUAUCUUCCACUUGCAAAAUCAUGGAUUUUUGUUUAACAGUUUCUGUGACUGAGCUAAUGUAAAACUAUGCUAUUAGAAAAAAUUAUUGUCACAGUUUUGUAGGCAUUUUGCAUGAAGAAAGCAGAUGUUUACAUAAAGUGAUAGGGCAUAUUUUUUGUUGCAUGCGUUACUAUUUACUAAUUUAUGGAAUAAUUCUGCCAUGGAAUAUGGGAAGAGAAUGCCAUGGGUAAUUUGAUUUUCUCUCUAUAAUUCAAUUUAUAAUCUUUUCUACUACAACGAUCAUAUGCCAUAGCUUCAAUAAUACCACUUGAAUCAAACAUCUUCAGAUCAGUAACUGACUGGACCUGUUUCAGAGUAAAGUUUAUUACAGGUCUCAUUAACCUGUACUUUUAGUUUAGCAUUUUUUUCUACCCUGAGAAUAUCUUUCUUCAGCUAAGUAUUAAAAUCUUAUAUCUUAUUCUCAUAACUUAUGUAUAUGAAUAACUAUAUUUGCAGAAAACAUCUAACUGAACUCCCAUGUGUGCAGUAUUCAGGUGACCAUGAUUACUCUAAUGUAAGUUUUUUCAAGACUGAAGUCAAUGCAAGUUUGAGCAAAAGCUAUAGGGCUAAGGAGAUUAUGUGAAGAGUGAAGGUAAUAAUACUUGCAAAACUAGUCAUUGGUAGUGUUUGCUGAAACACUAAAAUUAUUGUAAUGAGCAAUAAAUCUCUGUAACAUGGAAAAUUUAAAACAUUCUGCAUAUUGACCGAUAGUACAGUGUAUAUACACACAAAUAACCGAAGCUCAUGCCUAAUAAAGUGCAUUUCCCACCAAAGAUUUAGUGAAGGAUGCUUCAGAGAAACGGGUUAAUGCAUAAUUAAUCAAGCUCACUGGAGUAGACUCACUUCUGAAAAUUUACAGUUCUUUUGAUUACCUUGGCAAUGUCCAGACAAAUGCUAGGGUAGGAAAAACACUAAAUUAGUUGCAAAUAAUACUCACUUUGUGUUUGUUUCGUAAGUUGAUAGGCAUAGACACAUACUGCAAAAUUAAAAUUAUAUCUAAUUUUGUUGUCAUUAUUGUUUAUAAAUUUAUGCUGUCCAUAAUUUACUCAUCCUCUAAAUUAGUCUCUCAAGGAAAGGAUAAACUGUUACCUAUUCCCUUUUGUAGUCUGCUGUCUGGGAUCAAAACAUUUCUUGUGAUAAAUAUUCGGGGAGGCAGUCGUUUAGGUUUUACUUUCUUAGCCCUCUGAGAGACUUCCUAACAACUUAGUAAUUUUAAUACAGGGAUUUGUCUGAGGUUUGCACAGCACUAUCUAAUGUUGAAAGGAAGUCCAAGAACGGCAAAUUUUUUCAAUGUUGCAUAUAAGCAUAUAGUCUCAAUCAGAACUUUUUGUGCGGUCUUAACAUUGCUCUUUGUUCAGAAUGACCCACUUGUCAUCUCUGCAUGUCUUAAGUUCUCAGAGAUUUCAUCAAAAAAUAGAAAAGGGAAAAGAUAAAACUUUGCUUGAAAUGCACGAUUUAUCAGUUUCCUCCCACUUUUAUCUAGACUCUUAAGUGUUACUGAUUUAUUAAAUCUAUUUUCUGUUGAUUCAUUCAUCCAUUAAAAAAUAGUAUUUCAUCAUUCUGUAGUGCACGGCACUGUGCAUGUAUUUAAAUAAAGUUGCUAUCAUUUGUUCCUCGGUAUUCAGUAUGCAACAAAGUCCUAAUUUAUAUAAUAGACACUGAAAUAAAAGUCAGUAUAUAGUUGGUAAGGAUUAUGUCUUUGAAAUAUACAGUCAGUGUUCUGUAAACAUUAGGAGGUAAAUACCAAUUAAUGUUACAUACAGCAAUAGGUAGAAAAAUACGAUGGCAAUUAUUUGCUAAAAUUAAGAUCUUGCAAUUCCCCAUUCUUGGGUCCAGUGAUGUUGACAAUUACAGUUACCAUAGGAGUGAAACUAUUACUUUUCCUGUAUAACACACACACAAACAUACACAGAGAAAAGCAUUUGAUGGGGUUCUUAACUGCAAAUAUACAUAAGUGUAGAGCAAAAGAUAUUUGCAUAAAGAAGGAACUUGCUGACAUAAUGUUACAUAAAGUGUACAUUGAUUUUAUGAAAUUAUGGUUGAAGGUGAUAAAUAUUUUCACAGAACUUGACGUAGGAUUUUCUACCAAUGCUCUCAACUUUUUGUGGCAAAAAUGUGUUUAAUGAUAAUAUAUUAUGUGCUCUCUAUGAUUAUCUCAUGAACAUUGCAUCUCUGAAAGAAAUAAAAUGAUACAUAAGCUAUUCUUUAAUAAUGUAUGAAAUUUUAAAAGUAUCAAUCUGUGAAAAGCAAAUUGUUGACAACACAGUUUUUCAUGUAAAUAGGAAUAGAUGGGUAAUCUGCUGUAAUCACAAUUAUAUACUGUUCCAGCUAGACAUAUUUAAGGUAAAUCAGGUCUUUUAAAAAAGCCAGUAUAUAUCAAAGUCUCACUGAAGGAAAAUAUAAUGGAGUAGCUAUUUUACUGUAUAUUGACACUUGCUGUAAUAAUUCCAUUGUCAUUCUAUUAAUCAUCUUUAUUGUUUGUUUGUUUGUUUAUUUAAUAUAGCCUCUAGUGAUAAGUUGAAAUUGAAAGUACUGAUGAAGAAAAAAAAAUUUAUACAGUACAUAGAAUAUAAUAUGAAAGGAAAAUACUACAUUUAAUGAAAGAACAUACCAUUUUUUUACUUCUUCUUCUAUAUGUGCAGAAUUACCAUCAUGAAAUUGUACCUUGGUAUAUGGUGAAAUGAAGCAAAGAAUAUAUGCCUGUAUCUUCAUACAUCCAAAAUAGGUACGCAGUUCUUACAUUCAGUGAAUCUUAAGAGUGGCAGCUGUAAACCUUCCACUGUUUACAAUGAGUCAUUCGUUUAGGCAUCAUUAAUGAUAUUUGCAAUAUAACUUGAAAUUGAAAAUA